AUUGAGUCGAGCGUUAUGCAGAUUACAUUGUUGACGUUCCCGUCAUCGCAUAGCAGCCAGUCAAUACAUUGUGCACAGACGACGAACGGAACGGAUCCCAACUGCCGCACAUGGAAAGAGGGAAAACCACAGCGUGCGCGUUCGCCUGCAGUUACCGACAACUAUCAUUACCUGCACUCGAUGAACGCAGCAGCGGCGGCAGGUUACACUUCCUCCCACUUCCAAACACCGUCACAGCCCCGGAAUCAAUCCGGUGGAUCGCUGGCGAACGGUGGCAACGGUUUGAGCGUCAUGAGCCAGCAUCAUCUGCAUCAACACCAUCCUCAUCUGGGUGGCCAACAUCCGGGUGCCCACGUGGGGAAUGGUGCCGGAGGUCCACCCGGAGUCAUGGGUGGCGGAUUAGUAAACGGACUUCAUCAUCACCCCCAGAACGUGUCGUCCAGUUGUCCGGAUGAUUUAACCUACAUGCUGGAGCUGGGAUUCCCUCCGCGGAAGCUGAAGAAACCCAAGAAGCCCAAACUCGAGAUGGGAGUGAAACGUAAGUCUCGCGAAGGUUCCACCACCUACCUGUGGGAGUUCCUGCUGAAGCUGCUCCAGGACCGCGAAUAUUGCCCACGGUUCAUCAAGUGGACCAACCGGGACAAGGGUGUAUUCAAACUGGUCGACUCCAAAGCUGUCUCCAAGCUGUGGGGAAUGCACAAAAACAAACCGGACAUGAACUACGAAACGAUGGGCCGAGCUUUGCGGUAUUACUACCAGCGAGGAAUUCUGGCCAAAGUCGAUGGCCAGCGGCUGGUGUAUCAGUUUGUCGAUGUACCGAAAGAUAUCAUCGAAAUCGACUGUUCCGGUACAUAGGGUUACGGGCGACGUCCAGACCGACGUUCCUAACCAAAUCCGAGGCACACUUUCAUAUUCACACAAUCACACACACACACCGGCACACACUCACACACACGCACUAGUCCGGUUUCCGGUUGCCCACUGGCGCUCACCACAAGAUGGCGGCGGUGCUCCCAUCGCGGUCUACCUUGUAUAAACGAAAUAUCUACUCCUUCCCUGUUUUAGUGUACAUACACGUGCUAAUGAUCUUCUGUUUUGUUUUAUGAUAUUUAUUUUAAAUGGACCCCUUCUUUGAGUUUAAGCUUUCCAUGUAUCAUACUAGGUGGUAAGUUGUAAAAUUAUUCUACUGUAAAUUAUAAUUUAUUUAAGUUAAAACCCCCAACCGGAGACGAAGAGAGAACGAUCCUCUUUUUUGACAAUUUGAGAAGAAAUUCUAGGUUAAUUAACAAUACACAGAUACAAAAAAUGGAAAAGACAAUAAAAAAUAACAAACGGCUACCUUUUCGCUUUUAUGUUUUGCUGUGUUUAGUAAUUGUGUUUUUAUACCUUUCAUUUAAAAACUAUCUGAUCGAGUACGACAAUAUAUACAGAAUAAUUGGCUAACUAACCAAGAAUAGAAGAAAAACCCUGAAUGAUACCCGUUAGAUGAAAAACUGAAAUGGUUAAAGGAUAACAAGAGAAGUACAAAUCAAAACAAACAUAUAAAAAACCCUUAACCUCGCGCUGCAGUACUAGAACCUGACGACAGUUUCGGCUCUGGUGCUUCAGCAGCAGUGGGUGAUUGUUCUUGUAAUUUACUGCUAAUGCGCUAUAGAUAUAAUUUGAUUUUUUUGUCAUAAUUUUAUUUAGAACGUAAUCCAACCUUUCGGGGCUUGUUUUUCGUUGGCGAAAGCAAAACUGCUGGGGAUGUACAUUUUUUAUGUAAAUUUCUGUGCUAAUUUAAGCUAAUUGUAGACUCGGUUAAUUUUAAGUUCUGUAUCCGCUAACUCAAUAAGCUGUAAUCAAGUGUAAAAAUAAUGCUAUUAAGUGAAAGUAUUUUGUGUUUAGAGUUUUAACUUCUUUUCAAACUGUUUUUUUUUUUAAAUUUUCCGGUAACCAGCGUAAGUUCCGUUUUUAUCAUUAAUUCUUACUUUGCAAAACAUGUUACUGUUUUCUACUAUUUACUACAGCUCACUGCCGCACCCGUCAGUUGGUGAACCAACUGUUUUUAAGUCCCUUUGUUUUUAAGAAUGUUUCAACGAAAGUGAUAAACUGAGAAUCAAAAAGAGCUAGGAAAGAAGCAGACUUUGUGAAUACGGAAGCGGAAGGCAACAGCACACAAACACACCGAAGCAAGACGCCAGCUGACAAGAAUUUUAAAAGAGAAUAAAUGAAGUUUCUUUAGAAUCUUGAUCUCAUUAAUUUAUUUGUAUCGACUCACAGACGAAAUAUAUUUUUUAAAGAAAUUAUUUUGGUUUCCUCACGUGUAAAUAAGCUUGAAAUUUGAGUUUUUAUUAUCAUUUUCAUUUUUAAAUUUAUUUUUACGUGUUAUUUUGUGAUGGAAGACAAUUUAGGGAAGUGGAUAAAAUGCUGGUUCCGACUGUUUGAUCGUGCUAGAUUCGAUAGAACUGAGCCCAAAAAUAAAUGCGAAACUAAAACAUGAUGCUUAUUAACCACAUUCGACACUGCCAACAGUCAUUUGAAGAGUGAGAAAAAUAGUUUGAAAUUUGUGCGUAAUAGUCUAGCAAAAAUUUACUACCCUACUCGUUUUAGUAAAAUGAUUACCAAAAGAAAAAAAAAGCGAAAUAAAUUCAAUUGCAUCAAUUUGAAUCUAGUACGCCACACGCCACUUUAAUGCUCUAAACCAUCGUCGAACCAGUUUGUAUGCACUUCCCAAGCAAAAAAACGUGUUAGCUUUCGCAAUACUCUUCGCAAAAAAAAAAACACAUGCGUUCAACUGCCUGUUCCCUCUUUGGAUUUUAAUGCUGCAUUGUUCUAUAAUUUUGCUUUCCCGAAUCAGUCGAAUCUGUUGCAGCUUACAGUAGUAUUUGCAAUCGAAACGGACACGGUGAUAGAUUCUGUUUAACGAACAAGUAUGUGCAAUGAACCAACACUAGAAGAGAAUAACCAAUAUCAGGACAAGACACAAACAAACAAACAAGUAAGGAAAACAAUUCCACCCAAAUGCAAACCGGAGUAUUUAGUGCUGGGUUUUUAGAAAAUCGAACAUAUUUAUCGAGGCUCUUCUAAUCAGGGAGCUCGCAAUCAAUCCGAUUUUGAAAAAUCAAACCACACCUCAUUCAGAAAUCUAAACAAAUGCUAGAAGAAAUGCAAACAAGCAAAAUAAAAGUGGAAUAAACCUAGAUGGAAAAAAAGAACAGAGAUCAUUUCUAUAGUUUGUUUUACAGUAAAGAUAGACGUAAACCUUUAUAUUAGGAAAUGAACAACUAUAUACAUAUAACAAGCAAGCAAAAGAAGAUAAAAAGGAAGUUUCAAUGAGAUCGAAAAAACGAGCGAGUUGCAAGCAAGAUAAAAGCAAAGAAACACAAUCGUCUAGAAUCAUUUGUUAUGUGUAUAUUAAUUAUACUUUAAAUGUUGCAAAUUUUAUAUAUAAAAUUAUAAACUAGAAAAAAUAAAAUAAAAAUUAUAUAAUUUAAUUUCAAUUAA